AUGAACCCACGAGUUCGUGUACGACCAGCAGGUCGAAAUUAUACAGUUUCAUUUUGGUUUAUGAUGCAUGAAAACUAUCAUCAAGUGCCUACAGUUAUAUGUGAAGUACUUGAAAAACACAACGGUUACACAUCGAGCAUUGAUAUUUGUUUAAAUGAGCAUAGCGAGUUUGCUCUGAAUACACAUAAUCGUGGGUCUGCAUCGACUUUGGUACCCGUUGAACUAAAAGCAAAUGAAUGGUAUCAUUUAUGUUUCAGGCAGAAAUCGGGAUUUACUUGGCUUUAUGAGCAAACUCUAUCGGUGAAUGGAGUUUUAUGUAUCAACGCUAAGUGCUGGAGUCUAUGUAAUGUUGCAGAGCUACACUUCGGAUCUAGUGAUACUCGUGGGCGUUCUCUUGGAGAUAUUUGUAUGUGGGAUCGUUGGUUACAAAAUCUGGAACUCUUUACAAUUGUUAAACAAUAUAGACGAAUUAAUGAUGUCAACACAUCAGAGUUUGUAUUAGACGAAAUUGUUUGA